AUGGCUCAAUCCCGCUACUUGUUUGCGAUAUCAUGCUUUCAGAUGGAUCUUCUAAAUGAAGCUGAAGAGGCAUUAUGUCCUACUAACGAGCCUAGUGCAGAGGCUUUAUCUAUAGAUCCUUUAUUCUGGGCUGCCUAUGAGGAGCUUUGUAUAUUAGGUAUGGUCAUUGAACAUUCACACAAUUCUGUGCCAUUUGCAGUUCUGUGCAACCAGCUUGCUGUUCAAAUUGAAAGUGCUGCUGAAGAAGCAGCUGCAUUUUUUGAUGAAGCAGCUGCUCUUUGCAUUCAAAAGCAGUACAUGAAUUAUUUGUCAGCAUCCCAGAACUUGAGCAUAUCCAAUGAGGAUCGUAAUGUAGUUUCUGCUCGAACCUUUGGCUUGGAAGAUGGAAGUCCAAGGCAGUCGAAACACCCACAAGGGAAUAACCUAAGAGAUAUUCCUGGAAAUUAUCAUGGAACCACUACAUUAGGAGGACCUGCUAGUCAGCCUUCUAAUGGUGGCCCUCCAAACUUGUCAUUUUAUAAUACCCCUUCGCCAAUGGCCACACAGUUGUCAGGUGUUGCCCCACCACCAUUGUGCAGAAAUGUGCAGCCAAAUGGUUCAAAUCCUAGCACACUUGGAUCUGAUAACUUUCCGAGGUCAAUUGUGAAUUCUAAUAUUCAGGCCCCUCGUAGAAAGUUUGUUGAUGAAGGGAAAUUGCGGAAGAUUUCUGGGAGGUUAUUUUCUGAUUCUGGCCCUCGGCGAAGCACAAGGCUUGCUGCUGAAGCUGGAGCGAACCAAAACACUAGUGCUACACUGGUUGCAGGGAAUGGAACUAACAACUCUUCUAAAUAUCUUGGGGGUUCCAAGUUGAGUUCUAUGGCAAUACGUUCAGUUACAGUUCGUAAGGGACUGUCAUGGGCCAAUGAAAAUUUUGAUGAAGGGAUACGAAAUGAGGCUUUUGAUGAUUCACGUGCAAAUAAUACGUCAUCAAAUUGUAUUUCAUCGCCCUCUGGGGAUUCUAGAUCUCUUGAAACCGAAGUAGCAACUAUGCCUGUUGGUGGAGUUAUCAUGAGUGCUUCAUGUAUCUUAAAUGGUGCUUUAGAAAUAUUAGGCCUCCUGAGAACUCUUGGGGAAGGUUUCAGACUUUCUUGCAUGUACAGAUGCCAGGAUGCACUGGAUGUGUACAUGAAACUAUCACACAAGCAUUAUAAUACAGGCUGGGUGCUUUGCCAGGUUGGAAAAGCAUAUGUUGAAUUAGUGGAUUAUUUGGAAGCUGAUAGAGCCUUCAGUCUUGCCCGCCGAGCAUCUCCUUACAGUUUAGAAGGGUUGGAUAAACCUGAUGAUCCAUCUAUGAAUGUGCUUGAAACAAAUUUGGGGUUUAAACAGCACAAGGCUGGCUGA